UUUUGGGCUCGACUCCACUCAACGAUCUCCUCCGCCUCAGUCUUCGAACGAAACCCUAGGAGCCAGCGGAGGAGCCCAGAGUGGAAUAAGCUUGUCCCUAAACCUUAAACCCUGAAACAAAACCGUAAAUCCUUUUCUACGAUCUCGAACGCGAUCCGGCUUCCGGUGCUGCAAUGGAGGAGGAGGAGCUUCAGAAGGCGGUGCUCACGUACCUGAGGAAGAAGGGUUUCACCAAGACCGAGCUUGCUCUUCAGGAAGAGCAGCAGAACCGCCUCCCUUCUCACUCCGAUCUCCCCUUGUCCAGAUUGGAAAAUAGUCCAGGACGAUAUAAAAAUGGUUAUAGCAAGCUAAGAUCAUGGGCCCAUUGUUCACUGGAUCUAUACAAGCAUGAGCUCCUUCGUGUACUCUAUCCAGUAUAUAUCCACUGCUUCAUGGAUCUCGUGGCAGAAGGUCAUAUGCAAGAUGCUCGGGAAUUUUUCCAAAAUUUCCGUGAAGAUCAUGAGCUUAUGCAUUUAAGGGAUCUGCAGAAAUUGGAAGGCAUCCUUUCUCCCUCACAUUUGGAGGAAAUGGAGCUAGCUCGUUCCCUGAGACAGAACAAAGUCCGAAUAAAAAUAUGUGAGUACUCCUAUGAUCUCCUCUUACAGUACCUUCAAAAGACACAAUCUUUUUCAAUCCUUGGGAUAGUCAAUGAACGCAUCAAUUUUGAAGUUUCACCAGGACAGCCAAUCUCAAUUUCUGAUGAUGCAGAAGUGGUCGCUCUAGUUGGAAGUAGUCAUGAUCUUGCUAAACACAUAAACCAGAAGGAAGUACGCUGGGGGUUACUUGAAGAUUCUGUUGAAGAACGCCUGGAGAAGGGAAAUUCAGAUUCUGAAAAGGCUGAGGAUGAAAACAAGGAGAUUGAACCAGAAGAGAACAAGAAAAGGUCUGCUGGCGGAGGAAAGCAAACUGCUCCUUCAAAAAAGUCAAAAAAGGACAAGCUUGUUGCUGCUACAGGGAAAAAUGUUCGCUCAGAAACAAGCACUGUUGCUGUGGCUCCACGUGUAAAACCAGAGCUUACACUACCCGUAAUGCCCAUGGAAGUAGAAAAAAUGAUUAUUAACGAUCUACGGAAUCGUGUGCAAUUGAGUAGCAUGGCACUGCCAUCUGUAUGCUUCUAUACUUUCAUCAACUCACACAAUGGAUUAAAUUGUUCAGCUAUAUCUCAAGAUGGAUCUUUUGUGGUUGGCGGGUUUUCUGAUUCAUCUCUAAAGGUCUGGGACAUGUCUAAGAUUGGCCAAUCAGCAACACUUGGAGAAGAUCAGUCCACGUUUAAUGAGCAUCUAGUGGGAACUGAGGAGGGCAAAAGUUCUUGUACAGUAUUUCAUGGUCACUCUGGUCCUAUCUAUUCAGCCACCUUCAGUCCUCUUGGUGAUUUUCUGCUGUCUUCAUCAUCAGAUUCUACAAUUCGAUUAUGGAGCCCCAAGUUGAAUGCAAAUCUUGUCUGUUACAAAGGGCACAAUUACCCUGUAUGGGAUGUGCAGUUUAGUCCUUUUGGCCAUUAUUUCGCUAGUUCUUCACAUGAUCGGACAGCUAGAAUUUGGUCAAUGGACAGAAUACAACCUCUGAGGAUAAUGGCUGGACAUCUUUCUGAUGUCGAUUGUGUACAAUGGCAUGCCAAUUGUAAUUACAUUGCGACGGGCUCGAGUGACAAAACUGUUAGACUAUGGGAUGUACAAACUGGGGAAUGUGCACGGAUUUUCAUUGGUCAUAGGAGCACAAUAUUGUCAUUGGCAAUGUCUCCAGAUGGGCGGUUUAUGGCUUCUGGUGAUGAAGAUGGCGCAAUCAUGAUAUGGGAUCUCUCAAGUAGUCGUUGUAUCUCACCACUUAUGGGGCACAAUUCUUGUGUUUGGUCUCUUGCUUUCAGUCGUGAAGGUUCGCUGCUUGCUUCUGGAUCCGCUGACUGUACAUUGAAAUUAUGGGAUGUCACUUCCAGUGUCAAGGGACAGAAGAUAGAAGAGAGUAAAACUAGCACCACUAAUCGCCUACGACUAUUGAGAGCUCUGCCUACCAAAUCCACUCCUGUAUAUACAUUACAGUUCUCAAGAAGGAACCUUUUGCUUGCUGCUGGAGCACUUUCAAAGUGCUAGAUGAAAUGUUUACUCCAUAGUCGCAAAUGAUGGUGCUAGUUCUUCCUUCGCCGCCUUCUACUGUGAAUUUGAAGAUGGUAGAAUUAGAACUAUCAGCACCAUUUUUGCGGAGCAGCAGAAGAAACCCCGACACUGCAGUGCACCAAAUACCGAAUGCCUUGCUGUUCUAUCGUACUCCUAAAUCUUCAACGAGAUCUGUCACCUCGUAUUCUUAGAUGGCUUCCAUUCUCGAUGACUCAUACUGAUUGAUGUAUCUAUGUAUCACUCCUUAGAUUUGUAGGGAGGGUUAUGUGCUGUUGUUUCUUAUCGACUAUUUAAAGGUCUUGAAUAUUGUUAGGUUUUGAAUUUGAUGUUCCCUUGACGAGCUAGAGAAAAACAGUGAUAGAACAAUGUGUUCACAUAAAACAUUCGUCUGUUGCAGUGUGUUUACCACAA